AAAUGAAUAGUGAAUAAAAGUUCAUAGCCAUAAAGUAAACAACUUAUGAAAUUUAAGAAGAACUUGGGAAGGGUUCUUUUGGUAUUGUUUUAAAAUGCUAAAACUAAUAAACAAAAUAAAUAGUAGCUGUAAAGAUACAAGAAUAAAUGAAUGAAAAUGAGAAAGAGAUGCUAACCAAAAUGAAAGGAAAAGAAUUUAAAAACUUAAUUAAAAUUUUCGAAAUAGAAUAUAUAAACAAUAAUUAUUAUGUAGUAAUGGAAUACUGCACAGAAUCUCUCUAUGAUAGAAUUAAGUCCAAAGGUACAAUAAAUCCAGCUGAUAUAAGGUUUAUAAUGAAAGAAAUAGGAAAUGGAUUAAAAGAAAUUCAUGAUCUGGGUUAUGCUCAUAGAGAUAUGAAGCCUGAAAAUAUAUUAAUAUUUUAGAAAUAAGACUUGACAGGUAAUUAAUAAGAUCUAUAUAAAAUUUGUGAUUUUGGCACAAUAAAAAAUGUUAGUGUACUUGAAACUUAGGCUAUUGGUACUGCAUACUAUCUAGCUCCGGAAUAAUUGAGCAGAACCAAUAAAGGUAGUGCAUACACAUCAAAAGUUGAUAUAUGGGCUUUUGGAGCUAUGAUAUAUGAAUUAAUGACCAAUAUUCCGUUGUUCAAUGGUAUUUCAUUAUUUAAAAUAGGUUAUAGCGAAGAGGAAGUUUAUAGGAAAAUACAGUUAACAACUUAAUAAGAAAUUGACAGUAAAAUUAAUACUAAUUUGCCUUUAGAAAGGAAAUACAAAACUCUUCUCCUAAAUAUGCUUCAAAUAGAUUCUAAUAAACGAUAUGACAUUUACAAAGUUAUUUCAGAUUUAAGAGGAUAGUCUCAAAAUGUUAACAGAUUUCAAGUUUAAAACUCAGGAAAGUCCCAAAUCAUUUCAGGAUAGCAAAAUUCAGUACUAGUUCCUAAAAAGGAACCAAUUUCUGGUUUUCAAUUACCAAGACCAAAUACCAAUAAAAUGGUUCAAAAACCAGAAGCCUAAGCAUCUGUGAUCUUACCUAAUCCUUAAUAACUUUAAUAAUAAUAAUAAUAAUAAUAAUAAUAAUAAUAAUAAUAAUAAUAAUAAUAAUAAUAAUAAUAAUAAUAAUAAUAAUAAUAAUAAUAAUAAUAAUAAUAAUAAUAAUAAUAAUAAUAAUAAUAAUAAUAAUAAUAAUAAUAAUAAUAAUAAUAAUAAUAAUAAUAAUAAUAAUAAUAAUAAUAAUAAUAAUAAUAAUAAUAAUAAUAAUAAUAAUAAUAAUAAUAAUAAUAAUAAUAAUAAUAAUAAUAAUAAUAAUAAUAAUAAUAAUAAUAAUAAUAAUAAUAAUAAUAAUAAUAAUAAUAAUAAUAAUAAUAAUAAUAAUAAUAAUAAUAAUAAUAAUAAUAAUAAUAAUAAUAAUAAUAAUAAUAAUAAUAAUAAUAAUAAUAAUAAUAAUAAUAAUAAUAAUAAUAAUAAUAAUAAUAAUAAUAAUAAUAAUAAUAAUAAUAAUAAUAAUAAUAAUAAUAAUAAUAAUAAUAAUAAUAAUAAUAAUAAUAAUAAUAAUAAUAAUAAUAAUAAUAAUAAUAAUAAUAAUAAUAAUAAUAAUAAUAAUAAUAAUAAUAAUAAUAAUAAUAAUAAUAAUAAUAAUAAUAAUAAUAAUAAUAAUAAUAAUAAUAAUAAUAAUAAUAAUAAUAAUAAUAAUAAUAAUAAUAAUAAUAAUAAUAAUAAUAAUAAUAAUAAUAAUAAUAAUAAUAAUAAUAAUAAUAAUAAUAAUAAUAAUAAUAAUAAUAAUAAUAAUAAUAAUAUUUGGAUUCCAACAGCAAAAUCUAAAAUAAUUUAGUCAGCUAGGUAAAUCGUUAAAGUUAAAUAGCCCCAAAAAAUUCAAGCAUGCUGUAAAGUUCUGAUUUAACUAAAUUCUAAUUCUAAAAUAACCAACCAUCAAAUAUUGUAAAACCUUUUUAAUUCAAUUCCUUACAAAUUAAGGCAAAUAUGGAAGUUAAAUAAAAAUAAACUUCAGGUUUGACAUAAGACUAAAAUGUUCAAAAAUAAUAAGUUCCUCCACAAUAAUUCAUUUCAUAGAAUACUUAACAAGCUCCAAAAGCAAGGUUUAGUUCUUCUGUUUCAAUUCCAUUUGCUUAAAAGAAUCCAGAAAAGCAAGCCAAUAAUUUUGCAAACAUAAACUAAUCUCAACCAUUAUAAAUAGAAGAGCCAAAAUAGAAUAUUGUUAGGGGAGGUAAUUUAUUUGAACAACCUUAAACAUAACCAAUACUUUAAAAAAAUUAAGUAUAAUAGAACUAUUUUUAAAAUAUUGUAAAAGGAUAAAAUGGAUUCAACCCUUAGAAAGUAACAUAAUUGAAUAAUUUAAGUGGUUUGAAACGAUGACUUAUAUUCAAAAAGUAAUCUAUUAUUAUUUAUUUUUAAAUUAAUUAUUUAUUAUCAUCGAAUGGUUAUAAAUGAAAUUUAUUUAUAUAAACUUAUAGAUAUUUAAGUUAUUAAUAUUUUUAAUCAUUUUAAUAUUUAUAAAAUAACUGAGAGAUAUAAAAAACAUCUUUAAGUAAUGUAACUAAAUAAUAAUCAAAUAAUUUUUGAGCUAAUAGAAAUCUAUUUUCAUUUAAUUUAAUUAAUUAGAUUAAUAAAUUUUCGAUUACUCUAUAAAGCAAUCAUUAGGCCAUACUAAUUUUAUAUUUUGGCUUGACAAAUUUGAAGGCACUAUUAAUGAAAGUUUUGUAUAUUUUUAUAAUAUCUGCAAUUACUAUCGAAGAUGA